UGCGGGGAGACAGAGCUUAGCUAGCACAGACAGAAAAGAAGAUGGCAAACGAGGAAAAUGUCCCGAUAUAAUGUUUAUCGAGAAAUAUGCAAGAAAAUUAUAUGAACUUAUGUUUGUAAAAAGUUCGCGCUUGAUAUGUCUCGAACAAAAAAAGAAGGAUGACAAAAUAAAACUAUGGAGAGAGAUAAAUGAUGGGAUGUAUUAUCUCCAUAGAAAUUGUAGGCCAGAUAGGAAUGAAUUUGAAAUUCUCGGGAUUCAAGUUGUGGGAGAAAUGAUGCAUCUUAAUAUAUUAAUUAAGGAUACUGAUGACAUUUAUCAACUCUAUCAUCGGUAUUCUACCAGAAUUCCGAUUCAAUUUACUAAUAGUGAUAACGUCAUACAAUUUGUAAAUAUGCUUUUGGUAUUAAGAAACAUUUUAAUUAUUAACGUCUCUUUAUUAUUACACGGUCCAUUAGUCAGAUCUGACCGACUUAAGAAACGAAGUUCAACAAUAUUUUCCGAUAGCGAAAACAAAUAA